AAAAUAAACAAAGAUAAGAUUAAAUCGAGUAAUUAUUACGUAAUAUUUAUUUAUUUCAAGUUUUUUUUUACGCAUGCGUACUUAAUAGCGUGUUUAAUGGCGUCGUUUGAUUAAAAAAUGCUUCAACGUAAAACAUUAAUUUUUUUUCAAUGAAUUCCGCGAAUUAAGUCGAUUUUACGAGUUAGUAUAAGUAGUUUAGUGAAAGUUGUAACUUAAAUAACAUGGAAGUUCAAACCGCGAAAGAUUUGCAAAAUGAUAUAAACAAUAACAUUGACAUUUUAAUUCAGAAAAUCCAACCUUUAACUAAGCAAAAUCAAGCUAAUGUUAAUAUAACCCAAUUACUCAUAGAGUUUUAUAAAACCGUCCAAAAAUCAGAAAGUUAUCACAAACUCGGUAUAUUUGCGUUAAAUUUCGCCAAAGCAGCUAGUUUUUUAGAUCAUGCGUUUCAAAUUUAUGCUAAACAAGUGGAUUUAUUAUGGGAUUUAUCGAUUAAUGCUCAAAAAAGGUAUCUCUCGUACGAGGAAGAUUCCGCAGAGAAAGUUGAAGCUGAAAAGCGUCUCGAAGAAAAGGCCCAAUUUGGGAAGAGAAGGCGAAAAACAGCGGUUGUUGAAAUACCUCCGGAAGAAGUCCCAGUUGAUUGGAAAAAGGUUCGAUUAAAAAUGAAGAAAUAUUUUCGUAAAUCACUUUUAGAUCUCGAUGAAUUCAAUUUCGACGAUGAAUUAGAUGGGGCGGAAGUUAAUCCGGACACUUUGGAACCUUUCCAACGGCUAAAAUGGUUUAAAAGUUGGAAUAAAUUGUACCCGAAAAAAUAUGUUAUGGCUCCGUACAUCGAUAGUGGAUUUGUUACUCAAAUAGAUGAAGAUUGUUAUUAUCAUAGUGAUAACGCAACGAAUUAUUUAGAUUUUUUAUUUCCAGAAAUCCAAAGAAAGCUUGCUUAUAAUUUUACAGAGAAUAAAAACUUAGAUACGAUCGGUUGUGACGUGUACGAUAAAGCAUUUCAACAUUUCAUUUGUAACGAACAAAUUUCCAAUCCCGUCGAGCAUUUUAACGCAGAAAUUAAUCAAAAAUUCAACAAAUUUUUGGAACGCUAUUUAAUCGACGGCCAACCCCCGAUGAGUUUAUCAGAAAAAUGUAAAAAAUUGUGCCCAAGAAGGACAUCGAUCGUUCUAACACGACUUUCUAGCGAUGUAGUUCAAAAUCAUCUCAUAAAUGAUGAGCCAAGUACAAGUAAAGACGACUCUGGUUUUUUCGAAGAUUUUGAAGAUACAGAUCAAGAUUCUUCAACCUUUAUUAAUCCAAGCAAUGAAACUGAAAUUAUAAUCAGAAGAAGUGAAAGAAAAAGGAAACCAAUUAAUAUAGAACCACCUAUAAAAUUAAAACGACAAAGAAAAAAGGAUAUCUUUAAAUGGCUUAAAACGACUACGGUAUCUUUAAAAAGAUUCGAAAAAUUUUUUUUAUCCAAUUACAUCACCGAGUCCGAUGAAGGUGAAAUUAAAGAAAUCGAUUUUUCCUCCGAUGAUGAAGAUUUUGAAGAUAAUCAUGAAGAAGAUUUCGAAAAUAAUCAUGAAGAAGAUCACGAAAAUACUGAAAACACCACCUUUUUAAAUGCAACCACCCCAAAUACAGAAAUUGAGUGCCCAAAUUCAGAUAAUUUAGAAAAAUUAGAACAACAAGCCACAUUAAAACGUUACCUCGAUUGGAAUCAAUUCAUAAAAGAUGAACUAAAAAGAAGGAAUCAAAUUGAAUUUGAUAUCCAUGAAUACGGAACGAAAAUAAUCAAUAAAUUAAGUGAAGAGAAAACCGUUGGGUUUAAUAACAUCCUUAUUAAUUCUAAUGUUAAUUCAGGCGGUGGUGAAAUAGCGCGAUAUUUCGCUGCCGCGCUUCAAUUAGUGAAUUCAAAAAAUGUUCAAUUUACAAAUUUUGAGUCUGGUCAAGUGGCAAAUAAUUUCGAAUUAAUUUUGAUUAAUCGGGAUCGACAUCAUGAACAUUUGGAUCAAUACAAAAAUGCUUCCGAUGUUAUUAUUCAAGAAAAACUUAACAAGAUGGGAGAAAAAAGACGUUAUAGUGACGAUGAGAGAAAAACGUACAAAAAAAUUAAAAAGUUAAAUUAAUUAUUUUAAUAUUUUUUCACCACUGUGAUAAAAAAAA